AUGUCGCCUUCAUCUCGAUACCAUAGCCCGAAUCGGACAUCAACAUCUCUAUCACACUCUGUGUUAUCUUACCUCGAUCCGCCGCCUCGUCCCGACUCGCAACUGCUGCGAGUCCCUGGUGCACCUGGUUCGUGGCUUGAUAUCGAGGAUGAGCUCAGAUUUAGUCUCGAUCACGCGCCCUCCGGUGUUAUCAUGUCUACGAGAAAUCGAACGUUCACUAGUAUGUCUCGGGACUUGCCGGAUUCGCCAGUCUCUCCAUUCCGUCCUGCGAAAACUCCCGAUGCUAUUGAACUCAUUUGGUCACAUUUGUCGGGUGAAAAGGUAGCCCCGUGUCUCCGGAAGGCCCACGAGGAGGAUUUCGAGGGUCGGAUAUCGCCUCCUCUUUCCGACAUCUCGAACCACUUUUCGGGCCUUCAAUACAUGCGUAUUCCUUUUCUUGUGUUCAUUCUGGAGGCACAUGAGUAUCAAUAUCGAUGCCGCCACUGCGCGAUUCCCGUGGCGUUUGCAACAACAUCAUUGGAUCCGCAGAGCGUGGCCAACCUCUAA